AUGAGAGGAUGAGUAUAUUUUUACACAAUAUGAUUACAAAGAAAAAAAACAAAAUAAUUUAAAAAUAUGAAUAUGAAAAUUUAUAUAAAGAUUUAUUUGCAUUAAAAGUUCACCUAAACCCAGGCAAACCUUAUUUUAACAUCAUGUACUUUAACUGAUAAACUUAAUGUAUGUGCAAAAUAUUCAAAAUUUGGAAAACAACUCAUAGAUGAAUGGAUGGAUGAUGAUCUUGUCGCUGCGGUCUCCGGGAUGAAUCAUUCUUAUGGUUAUCAGACCAGUGAUGAUUCUGCUUUCUUCUCUGGUUCCUCUAGUUCAGUCAAUCUGAAUAUCUAAGUAACAUGGCUUCUGUUGCCGCUGCUACAACCACUGCUUCUGCCGUUAAGAAAGAGAAGAAGAAAGUUAAUGAGAGAGUUGCAUUCAAGACAGAGUCUGAAGUUGAAGUGCUUGACGACGGAUUCAAGUGGAGAAAGUAUGGGAAGAAGAUGGUCAAGAACAGCCCCAAUCCCAGAAACUACUACAAAUGUUCAGCUGAUGGCUGUCCCGUGAAGAAAAGGGUUGAAAGAGAUAGAGUUGAUCCGAGCUUUGUGAUAACAACUUAUGAGGGUUCUCACAAUCAUGCAAGCAGGAACUAAGGUUCUUAAAGAGUUCCAAUGCUAUUCAGAGUAUUCGCCUUAAGCAUAUGUUCUUGAGACUGAUUUUAUACUUAACACUGCUUCUAGUUCCUUAUAUAUAGUGUAAACUGAGUCACAGGUUCACAAUUUUUGAGAGAUUUAUGAUAUAUUCCGAAUCCAUAGUGUACUUCUAUAGCAUCUUAUUUUGUUCCAAAUGAGAAUCAGUGACAUG